GGCACAGGGGCAGCUUUGACUUUUAGGAAGAGGCUUUUGGGAACCCCAGCAAGGAGGGCAAGUGGAAGGGGGAGGAGGAGGCCACAAGAGGUGGAGGGAGACCUGUCCCGAGGGCGGCUGUGGCUUUGAGCUACAGGUCAUUCGCCUAAGCCACCACCUCCGUAGGAUAUGUCCCAGGGCCUGGUGCUCUCCCAGGCCAAGUGUCAACCCAAGGACCUCCAUGGAUCAUACUCAGAGACUCCCCAGAACAGGACAGCUGCAAGGAAGUAUAGGGAAGCUGCCACCUGGAGGGGGGAGGUCAUUGACACCAAGGUGAUGCAGAAAUGGAGCUCAGCUGCCAGAUGAAGAAUCUGAGGCCCCAAGAAGAAUAGACUCACAUCUGCAGAACUAGGUGGUGAGCCGCAGCACCCAUGCUGUGAGGCUAGGAGUCAUCCCUCUACCAGCAUGCCGUGGGACGCUCAGCGGCCCGGGGGCGGUGCGAUUGGUGGGCCUGAAGGCGGCAGCGCAGUGCGCUCCCGGUCGCAGAAGCAGUGCAGGAAAUCCUCCUUCGCCUUCUACCAAGCUGUGCGUGACCUGCUGCCUGUGUGGCUGCUCGAGGACAUGCGCGCCAGUGAGGCCUUCCACUGGGACGAGCGCGGGCGCGCCACUGCCUACUCGCCGUCGGAGGCGCUGCUCUACGCGCUCGUGCAUGACCACCAGGCCUACGCACACUACCUGCUGGCCACGUUCCCGAGGCAUGCGCUGGCCCUGCCCAGCGCCAGCUUCAGGUGCUGUGCUGCGCCUGGGCCGCACGUGGCGCUGGCCGUGCGCUACAACCGCGUUGGUAUCCUGCGCCGCAUCCUGCGCACUGUGCGUGACUUUCCGGCAGAGGAGCGCACACGCCUGCUCGACCGACGUGGCUGCAGCCGUGUGGAAGGCGGGGGCACGUCCCUGCACGUGGCCUGUGAGCUGGCACGUCCAGAGUGCCUCUUCCUGCUGCUUGGCCACGGCGCAUCACCUGCUCUGCGUGAUGGCGGCGGCCUCACGCCGCUGCAGCUGCUGCUACGCCGGUUGGAUCUUGACUCCGGAGCCACCGCUGCCCCUGGGGGCGUACCCGCUGUACCUGGGGAGCCACACCAGCGCCUCCUACUACUGCUCGACUUGCUGGUGCUGUAUGCGCCUGCGGGCAUUGCUAGCUCAACCCGCCGCGAGCUGCUGGGUGACCAGCCACGCUGGCGGCGGCUGCUGGGCGAAGACAAGUUCCAGUGGUUAGCAGGCCUGGCGCCGCCCUCACUCUUCGUGCGUGCCAUGCAGGUGCUGGUUGCAUCCAUCUCUCCCUGCCGCUUCCCGGAGGCCCUGGAUGAGCUGUCGCUGCCGCCCUUCCUGCAGCCGCUGGACCUCACAGGCAAAGGCUAGCCCACGGGGCACCUUAGCACUGGAUUUUCGGAGAAUACUAUUUUUCAAAGCGUUGUACCUAGCACUUUACAUAUAUUGAUCUCUACA